GCCAAAUUAUAUGCGUCGCAUUCGCUUCAGUUCAUCAUAGAUCGUCCAUUCGCCGGGAAAAUAACACGGCGUCGAACGUUGUUCUUGCGGAAAAUUGCGGAUUGCCGAAAUUCAUUCACAUUUAGCUAUUCUAUCCUUCUGCGCGAAAAGUUCGGAUCCCGAAAUGAGUGGAUAUCGCGGAAAUAAACGCCAACAUUAUGUCAAAGGCAGUGCUCGGCGCGGAAGAGAUCACGAAAAUGUGGCAGUGGAUGAAAAUAAUCCGAUCAUACAGUGUUUCCGCGAAUAUGCUACAAUACUAGACGCGAAGCACGACAAAUACGAACGCAUCGUGAAAAUCAGCCGGGAUAUAACGAUCGAAUCCAAGCGAAUUAUCUUUCUCCUGCAUACCAUCGAUCCUAGGAAAAAUAAUUUGCAAAAAGUUUGCAACGAAGCGAAGGAUCGACUGGAAGCUAUUUUUCGCAAUCAUUUUGUUAACAUAGCAAAAGAGCUUAAGGACCAGGACCCUUACCAGUAUACACGAGCCUACACCAAUGGAAUGCAAGAAUUUAUUGAGGCUUACACAUUUUAUGAAUAUUCUUGCGGAAUGAAUAUAUCGCAUUGGGACGCAAUUCAGAAGAAGCUGACUUAUUCAUCGGACCAAAACGUCGAUUCACCAAGCAAUGCUAGAAGCAUUGCAGAAAAACCCCUUAAUGAGCCAACCGAUGCCGAACCUGACGAGCAAAAGAGGUCGAAUGAAACCACUGGAGAAACAAUGAAGCUGACUUGCUUACUUCAUCCCCAAGACUUUGUACUUGGUCUGGGUGAUCUUAGCGGCGAGAUAAUGCGAACGUGCAUUAAUUCUCUUGGAUCUGGAAAUUCGGAGAGCUGUUUUCUGCAUUGUCGUUUUAUGCAGGAGCUAUACAAAGGAUUCCUAAGCGUGACAUCCAUACGGAGCCGGGAUUUUUCUCAUAAGAUGAUGACUUUACGGCAAAGUUUGCUCAAAAGUGAGAACGUUUGCUACAAUGUGACGGUACGAGGAGGUGAAGCGGCCAAAUGGGGAACUACAGAUGAAACAUCGGGAGCCAUGUUCCAGCUGCAGCCUUCAAAGGACGACGACGAUGAGGGGGUAUACUUUUGAUCUGCUGCUCGUGUGUCCUGAUUUCAGUAUAAGGUACUUGAUACUUGUACGCAAGAAUGUGUUUUUGCUAAUUUUUGAAAAUUGUACCACUUUUAGAGUACACAGUUAUUUUACACGUUUGGUGUCACCUUAUAGCUCAAACUGCACCACUGGCACUUUGUUGAAAACUGAUUAUAAUAGCUCGUACCAACUUCAGCCAAAUAAUCCGAUACACAACGAUCAUCCUUCAAACAAUUGCAACUGGAGGUCUCAACCUCAGCAAAGCAAUAAUAAUUGGAGAUCUCAGGAUCUACAGAACAGUUGCUGGAGAAAGAAAAAUGUAGGAAAUAUUCAAAAUAGACAUCCUAGCGAGGCAAACGUGUACAAUAUCCAAAAUAGAAAACCCUUUAGCACAAAUAUUUUAGAGCAACGCGAUCCAAGAAGAGCAAUUUAUUGCGCUCAAGCAAAUCAUCAGCUCUCAGAAGAAACAGAAAACACAGUGGCCUUAAUCUCACUAACACAAACCAAGAAUGAUACUAAUAAACGAUAUAAAAAUUACAUCUACAAUCUAAAUUAUAAAAAGUAUAUAAACAUUGAUCAAAAGAACAAUCAAGUGCUACUUGAACAAGAUUAUGUAGAGUUCAACAGCAGAACUAGUUAUGAUACUAAAUCUUAUGAACCUAUGAACUAUCAAAUAAUUUAUGAAGUAAAAAGACCAAGUAAUGACUCAGAAAGAAUAAUUAAAGAAAAUAAAGAGUUAACUAAUGGAGAUCAUGAAGAGCAUAUACAUAAUCAGACAAUAAACUAAAAUUGUAAGCAAACGAUAAUCAAUGAUGUUAGUUGCAGAAAUAUAUGCAGAGGAUGUAAAACUGCUAGAUAGCGUAGAAUGAAAUAAUGAUAUGAAUUGUAAAGACAGUCAUGCAACUGAGCUAAAUAAUGCAAAUAAACGAAAACGUAGCAUCAAAUCAAAGGAGAAGGCAACUCCAACAAGUAAUCUAUCAUAUUGGCAGGAUAUAUAGGCUGAGAAAAAUAUCAAUGACACAUUUAGUGAACCAAGAAAAAUUGUUGCUUACGAAAAAUAUCUCAAAGAACUUUUACAAAAUUUGCAUCAAACUCUGUCAAUGAAAACAAUUAAAAAAUCUAUAAUCGUAAAAUCCUCAAGAAAUGAACCUAACAAACGUAUCAAUGCGAUAUCAAACUGUUAAAAUCCCCUAUUAAAUAUCAACGAUAUUGUACAUCUAGAUAAUAAAUCAAUGUACAUAAAAUAUUGCCCACCUUAACGAAAUGAUAAUAAUGUCAAUACGUUUUUUUUUUCAAACAAAAAUAUAAAACUUACACAAAAACAUUAAAAAAAAUCAACUUCAAUAGAGCAAUUAUUAUAAGUUGACAGAAUAACUUCAUUUCAUUACGUUAUUCUUCCGAAGGGUGGAAGUGUAGCUGAUUUACUGCUAACAGUAGGCCAAAUCUAACUUAGCAUAGCCAAUAGCCAGGUAAAAAGACAUUAAACACCAGAAGCGUAAACGUUCUCGUCUUUUACCCUAGAACAUAAAUAAGGAAAACGCGCCACAGAUAAACUAUUAAACUUCCGUAAAACCCCAAGCAUAAACAGGAAAACGUUCGCUGCAUCCACAAUGCACGGAUAGUUUAUAAAACACAGGCACUCUAGGUAUAAUUUAAGAAACAACUGUAAAAACCCAAACCUGGAAAACCUAACGAAAGCAAACAUCUGCUUGCUAAAUGUGUCAUAACUUUCACACCAUCUUUGUUAUAAAUAAAGCUCGAACUGAUGGUGAAGUCGGUUUACAAUUUACAGACACGUA